AUGUUAGAACGAGAUGUUGGAUGGUUGUUAAAGGCACGAUCGGAGGAGCACUUGGCGCAGGAACAGGAAUGGCUGAGCUCGGAGAGGGUUUGGUUGUUGCACCGGGGUGGUUUUACCCCUGCGGUGAAGUGCGGUCCGGCGGAUCCAGACACCGGCAAACUGAGGAUCCGCUUGACUACUUCCGGCGAGGAGCUACUCGUCGACGAGGAGGACGUCGAGAAGGCGAAUCCCCCGCAGUUCGACAAGGCCGAGGAGCUCUCGCAAUUACGUUUCCUCAACGAGUCCUCUGUUCUCCACACGCUCAGGCAACGGUACGCGAAUAAUCUGAUACACACAUACGCCGGCGAUAGCAUGAUCAUUAUCAAUCCCGUGGCGCCGUUACGAUUCACCCGGCAUAUGGCUAUUUACUCGGAAAAG